CCAACAUUUGGUCGACAUCCAUCAAGCCUCGUCUGCCAGCAUCCCAUCUAUCCGACACGAUGGCGUCUGUCAGCGACCUCCAAAAGACCCAGGACUUUGCCAUCAAGAGCGAGACGGCCGCGCCGCAGCUCGACACGUCGCAGUGGCCCCUCCUCCUCAAGAACUAUGACAAGCUCAUCGUCCGCUCGAACCACUUCACGCCCAUCCCCUGCGGCGUCUCGCCGCUCAAGCGCGAGCUCAAGACGUACAUCCAGUCGGGCGUGAUCAACCUUGACAAGCCCUCGAACCCGUCCUCGCACGAAGUCGUGGCGUGGCUCAAGCGCAUCCUCCGCGUCGAGAAGACGGGCCACUCCGGCACCCUCGACCCCAAGGUCACGGGUUGCUUGAUCGUGUGCAUCGACCGCGCGACCCGCCUCGUCAAGAGCCAGCAGGGCGCCGGUAAGGAGUACGUGUGUGUCGCGCGCCUGCACGACACCGUCGAGCAGAAGGACGUCGAGCGCGCCCUCGAGACGCUCACCGGCGCCCUGUUCCAGCGCCCGCCCCUCAUCUCCGCCGUCAAGCGCCAGCUCCGCGUCCGCACCAUCUACGAGUCCAAGCUCAUCGAGUACGACCCCGAGCGCAACCUCGUUGUCUUUUGGGCGUCCUGCGAGGCCGGCACGUACAUGCGUACGCUGUGUGUGCACCUCGGUCUCCUCCUCGGCGUCGGCGCGCACAUGCAGGAGCUCCGCCGUGUCCGCUCCGGCAUUACGGGCGAGAACGACGACAUUGUCACCAUGCACGACGUGCUCGACGCCCAGUGGUUGUAUGACAACACACGCGACGAGUCGUACCUCCGCCGCGUCAUCCGCCCCCUCGAGUCGCUCCUGACCAACUUCAAGCGUGUCGUCGUCAAAGACUCGGCCGUCAACGCCGUGUGCUACGGCGCCAAGCUCAUGAUCCCCGGUCUGCUGCGGUACGAGCAGGACAUCGAGGUGGGCGAGGAGGUCGUGCUCAUGACGACCAAGGGCGAGGCGAUCGCCAUCGGCAUCGCGCAGAUGAGCACCGCCGACCUUGCGUCGUGCGACCACGGCGUCGUCGCCAAGGUCAAGCGCUGCAUCAUGAACCGCGACCUCUACCCCCGCCGCUGGGGCUUGGGCCCCAAGGCCCAGGAGAAGAAGAAGAUGAUCAAGGCCGGCGAGCUCGACAAGUACGGCAAGAAAAUCGACGGCGUCACCCCCCAGAACUGGAGCAAGGGAUACAUCGACUACGCCGAGCAGGGCGAGGGGCAGAUCCUGCCCACGCAGCCGGAGGCUUCCGAGGCUGCUGCUGCGCCCGCCGCCGCCGCCGCCGCUGAGGCGCCCGCGACGCCCAGCGACAAGAAGCGUAAGCGUGACGACCCCGACGAGUCGAUGGCUACGCCCGCCGACGACAAGAAGAAGAAGUCGAAGAAGGUCAAGAACGCCGACGGGACCGAGCGCGAGGAGACGGCCGAGGAGCGGGCAGCGCGCAAGGCGCGCAAGGCCGCCAAGAAGGACAAGGCUUAGCCGAUCCGGCUCGUGAGCUGAGUGAUAUCUUGGUGGCGCGGGCGGGGCGCGGCGCUGUCGGCGAAUAGUGUUGCUCCUCGUCCAGUAGAUUAUAGCUCUACGCUAUGUACUUGUAUGAUUCUGGCGGCGGAAGGCCUCAGCGGUGUCGGCGCGCUGCCACCCCGUCCUGUUGCCUGUGACUUCUUAUACCAUGCAUACCCCUGAAUC